AUCGUGGCGCGUUCUCACUACUUUAUCUCUCUCCUGGAAACCCUUAAAGUCUCUCUUUUUCUUCCUUUUUGGGGGAAAAAGUGUAUUCCCUUCUCCUAUAUUUCCAUUCCGGUUUUUAUCCUAUGCUUCAAAUCAACGUUCAUGUUCUAAAUUUGAUUCUCUGGAGCCAACUUUCUAGUUUUCUCUUCUCAAAGUUGCUUUUUUUUUUCAUUUUGGUUUCUGCUUCAGAUUUCAUGACGGAGUUUCCUCCUCAUGGCAUCAGAAUGCGCCGGAAAAUAGUUGAUAAACUUUAUAGUUGAAGCUUCAAGGAGGUGUAAAAGUCCAACAUGAGUGAGACGGGGGAGGACCACUCCUCAUCUCGGAAAAAUAUGAUGAAGAAACAGGAUAUGGUUAAGAAUUUUGCUAGUAGAGAUGGAAUGCCAGGGAGUGAUCUUUGGACAGAUGGGCUUAUUUGUGCUUUUGAAUUCAUUCGAGGCAAUAAGAGGACCGUGAACUCAAAAUUUGGUUCAAAGGUAGCCAGCAGGCAAUCAGAUGGUGGUUUUUCAAAAGUACCACGAGUGCCAACAAGUGGAAUGACUGAGGCUUCUUCCCAAAGAGCAGAUGGGGACAGGGUAAUGGAGUCCUCUUCUUCUUAUGAGUUGAGGGACAAUAUGGUUUCUCCUUUAGAGGACAGCAAGGAGGGUCAAAUACUUCAAUCGGGUCAUGGGGUAGAAAGAAUUAAUGGAAGUCGUUGGGUGCCAAUUGGGUGGGCUAGAAUUUCAGAACUUAUCCAAACUGUGCAAGUUAAUGCAGGUUGGACAUCACAGGUCUUGGACGUGAUGGAUUAUGAAGAUGAUUUCACCAUUGCAGAUAUGGCAGCUCCAUACUGGGAACGUCCAGGAGGACCUGUGUGGUGGUGCCACGUCAAUGCUGCUAACCCCAGUGUUGAGGCAUGGCUAAACAAUGCUCAAUGGUUACAUCCUGCCAUCAGUCUGGCUUUGAGAGUUGAAAGUCGACUGAUAAGUGAGCGGAUGAAGCACCUUCUCUAUGAGGUCCCAGUUAGGGUGGCUGGAGGGCUGUUGUUUGAACUUUUGGGACAAUCAGUUGGUGAUCCCUUUGUGGAUGAGGAUGAUGUUCCUGUUGUAAUCAGGUCUUGGCAAGCACCAAACUUCCUCAUAACUGCAAUGCACAUAAAAGGGCAUGUCUCAAGCAUAAAUGUGUUGGGUAUUACAGAAGUUCAGGAGCUUCUUGCUGCUGGAGGUUAUAAUACACCAAGAACAGUGCAUGAAGUCAUAGCACAUCUAGCUUGCCGUCUAACUCGGUGGGAUGAUAGGUUGUUUCGUAAGUCCAUAUUUGGUGCAGCAGAUGAGAUUGAAUUGAAGUUUAUGAACAGGAGAAACCAAGAAGAUAUGCAUCUUUUUGGUAUUAUUUUGAACCAAGAAAUUCGAAGAUUAUCAAGGCAGGUUAUCAGAGUAAAAUGGUCACUCCAUGCAAGGGAGGAGAUUGUUUUUGAGCUUCUGCAACAUUUGAGGGGGAAUGUGACAAGAAACUUGCUGGAGGAAAUAAGAAAGAGCACAAGGGAAAUGAUAGAGGAGCAAGAAGCAGUUCGUGGCCGCUUGUUUACAAUCCAAGAUGUUAUGCAAAGCACUGUUCGUGCAUGGUUACAGGACAGAAGCCUUCGGGUAACUCAUAAUCUGACUGUUUUUGGGGGUUGUGGCCUUGUUCUGUCUAUUAUAACCGGACUGUUUGGAAUCAACGUUGAUGGGAUUCCUGGAGCAGAUAAUACGCCAUACGCAUUUGGCCUGUUUGCAGCCAUCCUCUUCUUCAUAGGAAUGGUGCUGAUCGGUGUCGGGCUGCUCUAUCUCGGUUUUAAACGGCCCAUCACUGAAGAACAGGUUGAAGUGAGGAAGUUGGAAUUGCAGGAGCUGGUUAAAAUGUUUCAGCACGAGGCAGAGACUCAUGCCCAGGUUCGUAAAAACAUUUCUCGAAGUAAUUUGCCUCCAACCACUGGAGACACAUUCGCUGAUGCUGAUUAUGUUCUCAUCCAGUGAAGACAAUGUAAUUAUGAAAUUAAAUUUUUUUCUUUUAU